AUGACGGAUAAUGCCACUGUUGAGGUGUGGGCUAUACUCCUUUACCACAACUGUAAUCUCCUUUCUUUCUUCCCCUCUGUUCUGUAACUCUCACUCUCCUCACUUUUUCCUCCCGAUUUCUCUCUGCAAAUGCGGCGCUGAAUUUUGUACUACCUUCUUCUUCCUUUUCGGUUUUCGAGCUCUAAAAAUGGCGAUUGGUAGUGCAAUAUCUACCUUACAGUCUGCUCGAUUCACUGGUUUGAGGGUUUCUGGAGGUGACGAUGUGAUGCAUUUGUCUAAGAGCCGUACAUCCGUUCUUUCAUGUUGUUGCCGGUUAUUGCCGCAGGAGAUGGGUUCCUCUCAAAAGAUAUUUCGUUGCGCAGGAGUGUCAAUGGAGAGCAAUUCUCAUGCUAAUACCACAAUAAAGAACUUGAUAGUUGGAAAACAUUUCUUUGGUUGGCCCAAAGAAGAAUCUAUAUCAUGUCAAUCACUCAAACUACAUUCACUUCCAGUUGGAGCAUUACUGACUUCUGAAACUCCUGAUGUGUUUACAACACCUUCUGUUGGCGAGGAGAAAAUAGGAGUAUUGUUACUAAAUCUUGGAGGCCCUGAGACUUUGGACGAUGUGCAACCUUUCUUGUAUAACCUUUUUGCAGAUCCGGACAUCAUUAGAUUGCCAAGACUGUUCCGAUUUCUUCAGAAGCCUCUAGCUCAAUUUAUUUCUGUUUCAAGGGCUCCCAAGAGCAAAGAAGGUUAUGCUUCAAUCGGUGGUGGUUCUCCACUUCGGAAGAUAACAGAUGAACAGGCUGAAGAGUUACAGAAGGCUCUUCAUGCAAAAAAUGUUCCUGCAACAGUGUACGUAGGUAUGCGUUAUUGGCAUCCAUUUACCGAAGAGGCAAUUGAGAAGAUAAAACGAGAUGGCAUCACGAAGCUUGUUGUGCUUCCUCUUUACCCACAGUUCUCAAUAUCAACUAGUGGUUCAAGCUUGAGACUUCUAGAGAGUAUAUUCCGGGAGGAUGAAUACCUUGUCAACAUGCAGCACACUGUCAUUCCUUCCUGGUACCAACGAGAUGGAUACAUUAAGGCCAUGGGGGAUUUGAUAGAAAAAGAACUGAAGAAGUUUAACCUUCCAAAAGAGGUCGUGAUAUUCUUUAGUGCUCAUGGUGUGCCGUUAGCUUAUGUUGAAGAAGCUGGUGACCCAUACAAGGCUGAGAUGGAGGAAUGUGUUGACCUGAUAAUGGAAGAACUGGAAAAGAGAAAGCUUUAUAAUUCCUUCACUCUUGCUUACCAGAGUAGGGUCGGACCUGUAGAAUGGUUGAAGCCCUAUACAGAUGAUACUAUUAUUGACCUUGGAAAGAAAGGUGUAAAAAGUCUUCUUGCCGUCCCAAUCAGUUUUGUGAGUGAGCAUAUUGAAACUUUGGAAGAAAUCGACGUGGAGUACAAGGAAUUGGCUCUAGAAUCUGGUAUAAAGAACUGGGGACGUGUUCCUGCCCUAGGAUGUGAACCAACAUUUAUUUCAGAUCUGGCUGAUGCUGUAAUCGAAAGCCUUCCGUAUGUGGGGGCAAUGGCAGUGUCAAAUCUUGAAGCACGACAGUCGCUCGUUCCACUCGGAAGUGUCGAGGAACUUUUGGCAGCUUACGACUCGCAGCGUAGAGAACUACCUCCACCUGUGACAUUUUGGGAAUGGGGUUGGACAAAGAGUGCUGAAACUUGGAAUGGAAGAGCAGCUAUGUUAGCUGUACUGUUUCUUUUAGUGCUAGAGGUUACAACAGGGAAAGGCUUUCUUCACCAAUGGGGUAUUUUACCAUUAUUUCAGUAAAAAUGGAAAAUGUAAAUGUAAAUUUUAUUUUUUUAGCCUCCUUUUCCACUUCAAUAUGUUGAAAGUUAAUUUGGAUUUUCUACCCCUUCUGAAAGUACUGUAAUAGAAGUAUGUUGUAAAAAAUCUGUUGUACUCAGAUUCAACUGUGCGUCUGUGCAUCCCUUAUAGCCCCCCGUUGUUUUGCCAUGGGAUUACAAAGCAUAUAUACUAGUUAGCAUACACCACAUUUCCCUUUGUUAA